AUGUUUGGUCCAGGUAAAUGGUAUCCAUUUCGUGGCCUUAAAGAAGAUUUCAAACGUCGUUUAAAAUAUUAUGCAUCUGACUACCUAGACGGUCUUCGUGGACCGAAAACAAUACAGAAAUUAUUUAGUACAAUUGUCUUCUUGUAUUUUGCUUGUCUUCUUCCAGCAAUUGCGUUUGGGGUACUUAAUGAUGAUAACACUAAGGGAAAUAUUGAUGUUCGUAAGUUAAUAUUCGCUCAAGGUUUUGGUGGUAUAAUUUGGGCAAUAUUUGGUGGACAACCGAUGAUUAUUAUCCAUACAACAGUUCCAUUGGCUAUAUAUAUUAAAGUAAUAUAUAGAAUAUCAGUAGAUUUUGGUUACGAUUUUUUUGCUCUCUAUUGCUGUGUUGGACUUUGGUGCCAAAUUUUUCUUAUGAUUUAUGCAUCCACCGAACUUUGUAGCCUGAUGAAAUUGGCCACCAGGUUUGUCGUUCAAAUUUUCUGUUUCAUUUUUUUCCAAGUUUUUCCGCUCUACGUAUGAUA